AUGCCAGCCAUGUCCAAACUCUCGGCCUUCGCCACGGGGGCGGCCGCGGUGACUGCAGCAACAGCCUUCGUGGGGGUGCCGCAGCCGGCUGCACAGCCGACUCUCCGUGGUGCAAAGCAGCAAAGGUCUGCCGGUGCUGGAUCCGCCACCGCAGCGGGCCUUGGCCUUGGUGGCCUUGGCUUAGGCGUCGUGGGCUUGGCCUCCCUUGUGCGCCCGGCGGCUGCUCCACGAGUGGUGCGCUGCGCCUACGACGCCUCCAACGAGAUCGGCGCCUGCGAUCCGCUUUUGUUCUGGGACCCUGUCGGCUACUGCCAGGAUGGUUGCACGAAGGAGGACUUCGACCGCCGCCGAGCUGUGGAGCUGAAGCACGGCAGGCUUUGUAUGGUCGCCACGAUUGGGAUGGUGUGGCCGGAUAUCUUCGGCAAGUUUGAUGGUUACUUGUCCCCAUCCCAAAACCUGAAGUUUGCUGACGUGCCUUCGGGGAUCGCUGCAGUGACGAAGGUUCCCUUGGAGGGCUGGUUGCAGAUCCUGUUGGUGGCCGGCCUCAUUGAGACUCAACUCUUGAAGGACCAGUCUUUUGGAGGAUUCGGCUAUGCAAAGUACGGUGCAGAGCCUGGCAACUUUGGUACCGGCUACUGGGGCAGGAAGAUCCAGGACCCUGCCGAGCGCAAGCUGAAGCUGACCACCGAGCUGAACAACGGCAGGCUUGCGAUGAUUGCCAUGUCCGGCAUGCUGAUCCAGAACGGCCUUACUGGCCAAUCCCCCAUCGAGCAGCUCACUGCCGGCCACAUCUCGCCCUUCAACGACGGCCAGGGCUUCUUUGCUUUCGACCCUUCCGCGGAGCUUGGUGCCUGCCCUCCCCUGGGCUACUGGGAUCCCUUCGGCAUGAUGGCUUUCCAGGAUGAGGAGAAGUUCCGACGGAACCGUGAGCUGGAGUUGAAGCAUGGCAGGAUCUGCAUGGUCGCGACGAUCGGGAUGAUUGUGCCCGAUUUGUUCGGCCGCUUCGGAGGCUACCUCUCACCCUCCGCGGACCUCAAGUUCUCGGAUAUCCCUUGCACCAUUGAGGCCAUCUACAAGGUCCCCACCUUCGGUUGGUUGCAGAUCUUUGCGCUUGCAGGUGCCAUUGAGGCUAAGAACCAGGCCUUCCCAGAGAACUAUGGCUAUCCUCCCUUCUGGGGACGAAUCAACACCCUCGAGCCCGAGGAGAAGCAGAAGAAGCUGCUGGCUGAGAUCAACAACGGCAGACUCGCCAUGGUUGCCAUGGCUGCCAUUGUCGCACAGAACGGUGCCACGGGCCAGUCCCUGGUCGAGCAGUUCACCACGGGCAACCUGAACCCCUUCGUUGGUGGCUACGCGCAGCACACCUCGCUGGGCGACAGGCUGGAAAUGCGAGCGGAGUUCGGUUCCGGAGCUGGCAAGUCCACGGCCAUCCCUUGGGAUCCAAUCCCAGAGGGACUUAGCAACGACAUUUUCAACAACACCUACGUGGGUGACGUGGGCUUCGACCCCGCAGGCUUUGCCAAGAACCAGCGCCUUCUUCCUUGGUACCGCGAGGCUGAGCUUGCCCACGGCCGUGUGUGCAUGCUUGCCGUGCUGGGCUACACGGUGCAGACUUCCGGUGCCAAGUUCGAGCCAUUCAUCACCCGCUACCCAACGGACUCUGCGGACCCCCUUAAGGCCGCCACGCAGGUGCCAAUCGUCGGAUGGCUUCAGAUCAUCGUGGUCAUCGCCCUGUCGGAGCUUUGGCGCUACGAGAACGUCAUUAGCAAGUACUCCCAGGGAGUCCAGCCAGGUGACCUCGGCUGGAACCCCACCGCUCCCGUGAGCAGCCCACGCCCAAAGUGGUUCGGCCCCACCUUCACAGCUGCAUACCAGCCAGAGGAGUGGAACAACAUGAAGCUGCGAGAGAUCAAACACUGCCGUUUGGCCAUGGUGGGCUUCUUCUUCAUGGUGCUCCGGAACGCAUCCACCGGCGAGGGCCCGUCAUUGCUCCCCAACUUGACGACGGCAGAGUUCCAGUCUUCCGUCGGCGACUUCAUCCCAAGGGACAUCUGA